AUGUCCAAGACAUCUGUGUUUCUCGCGGAGUGCGGUGAAGUUAAGAGAGAAGCUAAGGAUAGGCUGGAGAUGAUCAGCCUUACCUCACACGUAAUGUCCGAUUCACAUAGCAUCAAAGACGUGGCUUACAAAAAAUCUGUUGAGACAAUAACAGGAGAUUCAGGGCAAGUUAGCUCAGAUAAUCAAGUUGGCAUGAAGGCUUGUCCUACAGGCAGUGUGGAGAACAGCCCAACAGGUUACUAUUCAUUUUUCUUUAUUUUAGAAAAACCUUCAAAAGGGAAGAAGGGGAAAGAAGUCUGUGGUGUCUUCCGGAGGGUAUGGAAGGCUGUAAAGCGCCCUUUCAAUUGCUGCAACCCAAACAGAGUGGUGUGUCUUACGCCACAGCUGGACAUAGACGGUUCAGAGCUAAUGCCCACCCCAAGUCCCCCAAGAAUCACACCAGUGGCAGACAACGAUCCUGCCGACCCUGAGCUGGUGUGUCUGCCAGGCCAGGUCUGUGAAGAUCUUGAGUUGUCAUGUGUGCCAGGUCCCUCCAGGGCUGAGCAAACAGUGGACGAAGAUCUGGCCGAUCCGGAGUCGCCUGUGGCAGAUCCGUCUAGUUCUGACCUGGGUGACGAAAAAACUAAAAAGGGGAGUAAAAAGAAUGUAGUCCAUGCAUUCUUCCGGAGAUGCCGUAAGGCUGUAAAGCACUUCUUCCUCUGCCGCGAGUCCAACUCUGUCCAAGUUCCAUCUGAGAUGAAGUCAGUAGAUGACCCCAUCCAUGUUGAGCCUGAGCCAUGCUGUCUGAUCAGUUCUGACCAGGUCAGCGCAGCUCUUCAUUCCUCCACGUCUGUGCAUGAAACCGACACCGAUCAAGCCUUAUCGAUGCAUGUGUCAGAUUCAUCAGAUUCAGAGAUCAGUCUGUAUUGUGGAUCUAGAGUGUCUCUCUUUCUGGUGGGAGAUAUGAUAGGAUAUGGAAGUUUUGGCAAGGUGUAUGAGGGAACCCACAUAUUUAACGAUAGAAUUAAGGUCGCCAUGAAGUACAUCCACAAGCACAAAACUGACCGCUAUCUUGACAUUGUUGGUCAUUCCAAACCUGUAAUUGCAGAAGUGGCAAUGUUGCUUAAGUUGGGAGAAGCUCCAUUAUGUCCCAACAUCAUCAAAUUAUACCACUGGAUUGAGAAUAAGAAGAGCUUUGUGCUCAUUAUGGAGUACCCGCAUCCAUGCAUUACCUUGCAUCAGUACAUCACAUAUUCAGACGACAUGAAUGAAGGAAAAGCAUGCUGGUUUAUCCGUCAGUUAGUCCAAGCUGUGAAACACUGCGUUAAACAUGGAGUCUUCCAUGGUGACAUCCACACGGGGAACAUGCUGGUGACUGACUACAGUUUGGAGCUCAAACUAAUUGACUUUGGUUGUGCUCAUCCAAUCAGCAGUGAGGGCCUUCUCAGCAGUCUAUAUCGAGGAGCACCACUCUUCACCCCACCUGAGGUCAUAAGGCAUACCAAAUUCGAUGCUGAGCCAGCGUAUGUCUGGGCAAUAGGUGUUGUGCUGUUUGAAAUCUUGCACGGGUAUUUGCCAUUUGGAAGCAAAGACGAAAUACUGCGUGACUAUGUUAAAGCGAAACCGACUUUAUCCUCAGCAUGCCAUGACCUGAUUUUCCAGUGUUUGAACCGCAAUCCAGCAAACAGGCUAAUGCUACAGAAUCUAGAAGAGCACAGGUGGUUUAAGAACUAG